AUGGCUCCAAUGCAGCGACCGCGCCCGCUGUCGGCAACGACAGACCUCACAGACCUCACGGACCACACCGAUCGAACCAGCCAGGCUAUCGAAGUCGAUCCAGACAGCCGCUCCCUCAGUUCCGCCGAUUUCGAGGCGGAAACACAAAGCCUGACGCCGUCAGUACGAGACGUCUUGCACGAAUAUGGGAGGACAUACCAGAAGUGGAAGGUUGGAGCGUACCCGUUUCCAAAUGAUGAUCUCGAAAAUGAGCGCUUGAAGUUGCAGCAUAUCAUUAUCAGAGCACUUUUCAAUGGCCGCAACUGGUUUGCUCCAAUCAAUCGCCUGCCACAAAGACGCCCCAGAAGAUUACUGGAUAUUGGCUGUGGGACUGGGCAUUGGUGCCACGAAAUGGCUAAAGAGUUCCCUCGAACUCGAGUUGAAGGCAUUGAUCUAACACCUACAAAGGGUCUCGCUAGGUCACCUGACAAUUGUCAUUUAAUGAUCGACGACAUCAGGCACAAGAUGUGGUGGGGGCUCGCCAACGGAUACACUUACGACUACAUUCACACUCGCAUGUCGCUAGGCAUUUUCCACGACUUCCGGGAGAUAAUCCAGAAGGGCUUCAACAAUCUCGAACCCGGAGGUUGGAUGGAAUCGCAAGAACUCGACAGCAAGGUCUACUGCGACGACGGCACCAUGCCGGAAAAUUGGCCACUCUUGGAAUGGUCCAAAGACCAGGACGAUGCCGCCACCAAUCACUUGGAAACGCCGCUUCGCAUCGCCAACAAACUCAAGAGGUGGUAUGAGCAGGCUGGCUUUGUCGAAGUCAAGGAAGAAGUCUUCCAUAUACCGAUCAAUGAAUGGGCGAAGGAGGAUCGAUUGAAGAUGUUUGGGAAGUUCAUGGCUCAGAACAUGCAGGCAGGCCUAUACGGAUGGUCAGUCAACUACUUUAACCGAGCUUGGGGAUGGACAGAAUCCGAAAUCCGUGUCAAACUAGCACGCGUACAUAACUCAUUGUUUGACAAAACAGUACAUGCGUACUACAAGGUUUACGUUGUUUACGGAAGGAAGCCUCGUAUCGGAGAAGCGCCGUCGCAGGUACCGAAGCCAGACCACUGGCCGACCGAACACACUAGCCGCAACGACGACGCAGAUAACGCAUGUUAA